AUGAACUCCAAAAUUGUGAUUGCCUUCGCUCUGUGCGUCCUGAGCACCGUCUCGGCUGGCGUUGUCCCGGUUGCUGCUCCCCUGGCGGCGGCCGGCGUCAUCGCUCCCUACGCCACCUCCUACAACGCACACACGGUGAACCACAACAUUGCGGCGCCUUAUGUUGCCGCCACUCCGGUGGCCGCCGCGGUCGCCAAGUAUGUCGCUGCUCCGGCUGCGCCACUAGCGGCCGUCGCUCCGGUUGCCAAGUAUGUCGCUGCUCCGGCCUACGCCGCUGCGUACACUGCCGGCGCCCCGGUGCUGCCAGCUGCCGCUGCCUACACGGCCUACACGGCUGCCGGUGCGCCAGUGCUGCCAGCUGCCGCUGCCUACACUGCCUACAAUGCCGCCGCCUACCCAUACCUGUUCUAA